CCACUCCCCACCACACUCCAUCAAUUUCCUCCCCUCCUCGAUUCCUGUCAAUCCAAUGGCCAACCAGCAGGAUGGGAAACCAAACGACCAACCAGCGCCAAGCUCAUCGAGAACUAAGCAACAAGCCAGCAUCCUACCCAUCACUCCUGAUCGAGAAAAGAUGUCGAGAGCCUUGGGAGCCGCAUUCCUACAACAUAAGGUCCAACAACUCGAACGGAACGUAGACGACUUGAGCUUCAGAAGAGACCUCCACCAAAUUCCUCCUCGUUCUCACCACCCUCCGGCUAAUUCAAAUCAUUCUAGUAGAAACCAGUCCAAGAAAAAAUCAUCUCCUCAACCCGAUUCAACUCCUUCCUCAUCGAAACCGUCUUCUCCUGCACCCAUCAAAGUUAUCGAUACCUCUAUGCUCAUCCACGCGUUGCCGAUCCUCAAAAAAUGGGUCCGUGAAGAGAAAUUUAAAAUCGUUAUUCCCCUAGAUGUGGUUUCCGAGUUAGAUUUCUUGAAAACUUCGCCCCCACCGAUCCAUGGAUUAGUCCGAGAAGCGACGUGUUGGCUAGACAAACAAUUCCAAAACUCGCGCAAGCCGAGCUCGACGGGCGACCAGCCAUGUUUUAUCCCACAACGCACUGGAGAUGAGAGUGGAUGGGAAGAACUGAGCCGACGGUUCGUGGCCCCGCCCUUAGAAGAAGCCAGUAUCCCGUUCAUCAAAGCGCCCUCAGAGGAUGAAGAACACGAACGAGUUAGAGAUGGAGAGGAUGAAGAACCGCAGAUCGACUAUCGAGCUUUGAUUAGUACUGACCUCCCUCAUCAAUAUCGCUCCUUGCUCCAAUGUGCCCUUUUCUAUCAACUUCAUGCUCAGCCGAAACAAGAGUCCGAACUGGUGAUCUUCUUUUCUGAUAAACAGAUAUCCUCCACUCCAGCCGCCCCGCAAGGAAACACACAACAUAAUCAUCAUCACUAUCAUCAGAAUUGGAAGCCCACUUCAACUCAUUGGAAGUCGGAAAACAGUCUUCCUCAAGGCUCAGGAAAUGACCAAGAAGAGGAAGAGCGCGUUGACAAAACCGUUGAUCUCUCCCGAUGGGCCGAGCGGUUCGAGAUCAAGAUCCAGAAGGUCCAUCCGGCCGAUCUGACCCAAGCGAAACAAUGGAUCCGAAGCUACAACGACAAACUGAAACAACAACAACAACAACAACAAUACCAUCCUCAUUCCCACCGACUCGGCUCCUCAUCAUCUUCCAACCCCCAUGCAACCUCUAAUCACACCACGCCCACUCGGACAAUCCACUCCAAGAAGAGUCUCCCUGGGACCCCGCGACAGAUCCCUGCUUCCGCCCCUAAACCUUCCGCCCCUUCUUCUUCUUCUUCUGCUGCCGCGGUGGACAAACGUCUGUUUGUUUGGUGACUAUUGGUCUCAGAUCUCGCUCCGCAUUUCACCUUUUCCACUUUUUUUUUUUUUGGUCGUUAUUUCCAGGUGCAUGAACUAAACAAGUCUUUUUUUUUAAAAAAAAAAAAAACUCUUAUACAUCCUUCUGCUUGAUCAUCGUUCUACAUAGUCACUACAUCAGUCUGUUAUAAUUUCUCGUACAUCACAGGGACACAUACAUAUCUAAGAAUUACAGACCCCUCAAAUCAAGUUUCAAUACCUAGUUUUUGGUCUA